GUCUUGUCUAUUGCGAAAUUCUGUUCAAAGAAAGUAGCGAGAGCAGAGCGUCAUGGACUCCGCGUCGAUGUUGUGUUCAGGGUUCGACGCGACCUCGCAGUGAGCUCCCGGCUGGGGCUCCUCAGCACUGUGUCUGCCUCCAGACCAACCCCGACACACACCCCGGCCAGCACCAACAGUAACGGCAGCGCCUAGCGAGAAACGGGGGAACCACAGCCAGCCAGCUCGAUUCCCAAUCUCCCCUUCCACUGCUCACUCCACCCAUGCUGGCCGACCACGAUCGCGCCAAAACGAUCCCCUUUGUCCAUAUUUUUCCAUCGUCCGGCACUCUGCUGCACGUCGGCCGCCGUGCAGGUGCAUCAGCGAGCGCGUUUCCGUCCGCACCCGCGAGGCUCGCCCGCUGUCAAUUGGCCACCCGCCCAUCGUUAGCCGGACGCCUAUCGUGCCACCUCAGCAGCAUUCAAGAGCAUCAGCCAGCUACCGUCCUCGAGUCGAGACGAGCGUUUGGGGAUACCGGACGACCCUCCGACGGCGCUGUGCGACUUGAGCCGCGCUUCCGACGUCACCAACAGGGUGGUGGAGCGGUGAAGUUGGCCGACGAGGGAAGCGCAGUCGACGACGUCGUCUCGACAACAAAAGAGGGCACCAGAUCCUCAUCUCCUCCGUCCUGAACCCAUCGACUCGAGCCGACCUCGAUCCUUCCUCAUGACUGCUGUUGCGAGCCCCCCGACCUUCCCCCAGAUCUCGCGGCCAGCAUGGGGAUCCAUUAACGGCAGCAACCCCAUGAAUCCCGACGAAGUGAGAGGCAUGUUUGCGCCACGCAAACAGCUCUCGCGCACAAACUCCUCCUCCUCCGUCUCCUCGACCUCGUCCAACACUACCGUCGCCACCAACGGCUCCCAGUCCAAUGGCACGCCGCUCUCUGCCGCAUCCGAUUUGAGUCAGUGGUCGGGCAACGCCGGCCCUCGGAAGCGCCCACAACCAAAGCACCCUUGGCCGGUGAGCAAGGGCGAGCCGCAGCCGGACUUUUCCAGGCUGCCCGCCGGCCGGCCGAACGGCAUGGUUCCCCCGCAAGGGCAGAUGCAAGUGGCCCAUGGCCAGCCUCAGGUGGCUCCGCAGCAGCAGCCCGUGAUGCGGGCCAUGCCUCAAGAGCAAUUUCCGCCGGGUCAGCCGGUUCUAUAUCUGCUUUCUCUCAACGGCACGUUUGAACGAAAGACUAUCGCCGUUCCUUUUGCUCCCGACAGCCUGCGGAUCGGCCGGCAAACCAACCAGAAGACGAUCCCGACGCCAACUAACGGUUUCUUCGACAGUAAAGUGCUGUCCAGGCAACACGCCGAGAUCUAUGCAGAGCGCAACGGCAAAAUCUACAUUCGGGAUGUCAAGUCGUCAAACGGCACGUUCGUCAACGGCACUCGCCUCUCGCAGGAGAAUCGCGAGUCGGAACCUCAUGAGCUGCAGACAGCGGAUCACCUCGAGCUAGGCAUCGACAUUGUGAGCGAGGACCAGAAGACAGUCGUUCAUCACAAGGUCGCAGCCAAGGUUGAGCAUGCCGGUUUCCUGAGCAACACCAACAAUGUUAUGGAUAUGAACUUUGGCGACCUGGACCCGGCCAACGGCACCAUGCUGAUCCCCAACGGCCCGCUCCAGAUGCGUGGCCGGGCGGCUGGCGGUGCUCCCAUGGGCAACAACGGCGGCCGCAUGAUGCAAAACGGCGCGCCCAUGGUUGCGCAGGUCAACGGCAUGGCCCAACAGCGCUCGUUUUUUCUGGCCCCUAUAGCUACCGAUCAGAUCCUCAAGCGUCUUUCUAACGAGAUGCGGAGCGCCCGACUACAGGCGCAGGAUCUGAGCCGAACGAAUCAGUUCGUUCACACCCUGCUUUCUAAAGACGAUGUCAAAGAUCUGGAGAAACCAGAACCGCCAGAGCCCCCGAAGUCGUUAGUCAAUGGUGGCGGUAUGCAAUUCCGAGCCGACCCGAAGGCUCGCUUCUCUGAUCCUCCCGCGCCCCCGCCACAACAGCCGCUUCCUGAGAAGCCUGACCUGCCGUCGUUGAAGCGUGGGCCUACCGAACGACCAAAGUCGGGGCCCCCGAAUCCCUCACCUGUGCGACAGGAGAAUCUGAACCAGAUCAUUCAGCUCACGGAGGCGCUCAACAAUGCCAAGCGAGAUAUCGAUUCUCAAAGUGCACGCAUGCGCGAGCUGGAGGCCAUGCUCCAGAAAGAACGCGAGGCUCGCGAGCUGGCGGAAGGCUUGGCUCGGCGAUUAGAGGAAAAUGCGAGCAACCAGAUGAAUGGAGUCGCCAAAACAGGGGAUUUGGAGCCGAAAGAGGAACUGCCCGCGCCCAGCACCGAGAUCGAGGCGGCGCCCCCCCAGGCCGACGAGGACGACAAGGCCACUGUUGCCGAGGCCGCCGCGAGGGCUGAGGCAGCUCAGGAGACAGCUACUGCGCUGCAGUACCGCAUCGACACGAUGGACGGCCAGAUGCGGGACAUGCGGGAGCAGCUUGAGGCUUGGAGGCGGCGAUGCGAGGCUGCCGAGUCGGAACGCGAUGCAGAGCGCCAAACACUCGCCGAGAUGGUCGUGCAGCUCCGGACUGAGGAGGCCAAGAGGGCUGCGGCUGAGGAAAGGCGACGAUCUCGAUCACGUAAGAGUCGUUCGGGACGGCGUGACGCGGUAGAGUCGGACGUUUCGCCGGCGCAUAUUGCAGCCGAAGAGCCGCCCGAAAUCGCGCGCGCGAGCGGCGCUAUGGACGAUGAUCCCACGCUAUCGAGGGCGAAUACCAUCACGCCGCUCACAUCGCAGAGGGCCGGCCCGAUGCAGGAACAUCACCUACAUGCGGGCCUACCGUACGCAUCGAUGCUAGGAGUUGUGCUCAUCGGGAUGGGCUUGAUGGCAUACAUAAACGGUUGGCAGCCUCCUCCUUCACGAUUGGAAAGAUGACGAUAUAUCCACAAGACGGCGGCGCGGAAUUGGCAGAGGUUUUGUGCCUGGGAUAACGGACAAGGCCUGGUGUGGUAGAGCGCAUACACCGGCUAGCCGGUGUCAUCCCCAUGUCGGAGAUCAGAGGGCCACCAUCACAAUUUCUACUACCUACAUUGGAGACGACGAAACGAUAUGAUCACGACAACCCCACCUGGAUCGGCCAUACCCUUUCCUUUGUCACGUAUAAUAGUCUGGGUGAACUCGACCUCCUUUUCAUGCUGUUUCUUUCGACUGUACUAUUGGGAGGACUGAUGACGACGCACACCGGAUUGGGCAGAUACCCUUUCGGGGCAUGGUGACAUGGGGAGGAGAACGAAUAGGCAAAUAUGAAUGUUUUUGGCAUCGCUCCCAGGAAACAGCAGGGCAAAGGCUGGCGUUUUGUCAUGGAGACGCACCUUCUUUCAUUUGAUGACGUUGUGCAUGGACCAAGCGCAGGUCCAUUUGGCGAAGGGUCAGAGGAGUCGAGGAGGGGGGGCGGAGCAGUGGGCUUUGGCCUCUAGAUGGAGCAUAGGAGAUUUCUCUUUCAAUCCGAGCCUUGAUUUGCAA